UACACCUGCACAUACACAUUAGCAGCACACAGACACGGAGGAAUGAGAUGUGGAGUGUUGCUAUGAGAGGGGUGGAUUUACAUGAAGGACAGCGCAGCAGAGACAAGUGGAGUGGAGGAGGGGGAGUCUCACACACUGGGACAAGAACAUGACUUGAAGAUGAGCUGUCCUCAGACUGAGUUUGAGGAGAAGGAAAGUCCUCCUCCGGAGGAGUUAGAGUGUAAAAUCUGUUAUCAGCGUUACAAUGUCCACCACCGGAAGCCUAAAAUCCUGGACUGCCUUCACCGGGUCUGCGCCCGUUGUCUCAUUAAAAUCCUGGAUAUUGCUGACAGUGCAGGCUGCAUCUCCUGCCCCUUUUGCCGACACCAAACUGAGAUCACUGAGCAGGAGAUUUCAGCCCUGCCUGAUGAUGUUAACAUCAUGUCCCACUUGGUGAUGCGGGACAAAUCCUGGAACUCCGACCAAAACAGGGAGGUGGUCUUGACUCCAAAGAGUUUCUCCUCCUCCAGCCCAUCUCGUGACUCAUCCAACUGCCUGGUAAUCACUAUAAUGGAGGUGCAGAGGGACUCACAACACUCUCCAAGCCAAAAUGGCAGCUCAGAUGUUUAUGCUGAGCAAAGCCUGGACUCAGUAUCUAUAGGCUCUAAUGGGCCAGCAGAUCAGGAUGCCUUGUCCAAGUUCUGUAAUCAUGUCCCACGCAUCCUGGUCUGGCUUCUGGGUUUCUUAUACUUUGGCUCACUUCCUCUUGGAAUCUACUUGCUGGUGAUUCAGAGAGUGACUCUGGGCAUUGUAUGUGUUAGCUUAGUGCCAUCAAGUCUGACAGUUUGCCUGGUCUAUGGAUUCUGCCAGUGCCUUUGUCAAGGCAUGUGUGACUGCUCUUCCAGAGGAUGAUGGGAUCCUGAAAACCGGUUGUCCUAGGAUAGGAAAGAGUCAGCCUGUGGGAGUAGAGGCCUCCAGGUAAAGAUGAUAUCCUCUCCUGCACAGGCAUAACAAGCUGAGCAGUCAGUUACCUUCAUGCAAAUAAAAGGCCAGUGAGACAAAAUAAGUCAGUUUUCAGUGAUGUGCUGUGCUUUUGUUAGACGUACUGCUUCAACGGAGACACCAGCUUGGUCAAGAGAAACAGAGCCACUGGCAUGGUCUGUCAGCAGCCUAUACCGACUUUUCUGUGAUGUAUUUUUGUGACCUUUAUUUGUUAUGUGUUGUGUGUUGACCUAGUCUAACAUAGCAUUUGACAACAAACCUUUAACCCUCGACUUGCAUAAUAACAACACUGACAGGAGUCCUGUGCCCUCAAUUAUCAACAUUGUUUAUGUACAAAAAUCCGGGAUGCAAACCUUUUUAAAUUAAAUUUGGGAUUGUGUGAACUGAUAUGAAAUGUGAAUACAGUUUUCAAAGCAUUAUAAUGGCUUACAAGAAAGGUCUGUUUAUUUACUCGUUUUUCAAACUCGUUUUAAUUACUGCAAUUGACAGCUGCCAACAACAAAAAGAAAAUUAAUUGGGUGUGAUUUAGGUCUGUGGUUAUCUAUGGUUUAUUAUGAACUAGUCUGCCGAUGAGCCUGCUGAUCGUGCAUUUUUGUUACAACAGUUUAAUAUCCUACUUGAAACACUGUUCCUCAAAGUGAGUGUGAAGGACAGGUCAUAAUGUGAGAACUGCAAACACAGUGACUUGACAUUUUCUGUAUGUUAUCCAUCUGGCUCGAUUUCUCAGCUUUCCUCACUUUUGAAAAAAACUGUCUGCAUGCAAAGCAUGUUUUUUGCCAUGACAAAAUACAAAACACUAAUGAAAA